UACAGGAGCCUCCUGGCUCCCUGUGCUGCUUUCAGCCUCCGCCGCCUUGCUCAUGCCGGGUGGCUCUGGUGUGGUUCUGCCUUUCAGGCCACCACUUGCCUCUGGAGCUCCGUCAGCCCCUGGAGUCAUCGCCGCAGCUGCUCCGAUCAUCAUCAUGUCAGAUAAGAGCGAUUUAAAAGCAGAGCUUGAGCGCAAAAAGCAGCGUUUGGCUCAAAUAAGAGAGGAAAAGAAACGGAAGGAAGAAGAAAGAAAAAAGAAAGAGGUGGAUUUUCAGCAAAAGAAAGAGCCAACUCAAGAAGAUUCGGAUCUCGAUCGUAAGAGAAGGGAGACAGAAGCUUUGCUUCAGAGCAUUGGUAUUUCCCCUGAGCCACCUCUAGUCCCAACCCCUAUGUCUCCCUCUCCGAAAUCAGUGAGCACUCCCAGUGAAGCUGGAAGCCAAGACUCAGGAGACUUGGGACCAGUAGGAAGGACCCUGCAAUGGGACACAGACCCUUCAGUGCUGCAGCUUCAGUCUGACUCUGAACUUGGUCGCCGUUUGCAUAAACUAGGUGUGUCAAAGAUAACCCAGGUGGACUUUCUACCGCGGGAAGUGGUGUCCUAUUCCAAGGAGACUCAGACCCCUCUGGAUGCUCAUCGGUCUGAAGAGGAUGAGGAAGAUGAGGAAUUGGUUGAACCAAAAGCACAGAAUGACUCUGAGAUAGAAACUCAAGAGAAGAAGCAAGAUGUCAAAGAAGCUCCUCCAAGGGAACUGACAGAGGAAGAAAAGCAGCAGAUUCUCCACUCGGAAGAGUUCCUUAUAUUUUUUGAUCGGACAAUACGUGUGAUUGAGAGAGCUCUAGCAGAAGAUUCAGACAUUUUCUUUGACUACAGCGGCCGAGACGUAGAAGACAAAGAUGGAGAUAUCCAAGCUGGAGCCAACCUUUCUUUUAACCGCCAGUUCUAUGAUGAACAUUGGUCAAAGCAUCGUGUUGUCACUUGCAUGGAUUGGUCUCUUCAGUAUCCUGAGUUGAUGGUUGCUUCCUAUAACAACAAUGAAGAUGCCCCCCAUGAACCUGACGGGGUAGCCUUGGUGUGGAACAUGAAAUUUAAGAAAACAACCCCAGAGUAUGUUUUUCAUUGUCAGUCUUCUGUGAUGUCUGUCUGCUUUGCCCGCUUUCAUCCAAACCUGGUUGUUGGAGGGACAUAUUCUGGCCAAAUUGUGCUGUGGGAUAAUCGCAGUCACAGGAGGACACCAGUUCAGCGUACACCCCUUUCUGCUGCUGCUCACACGCACCCUGUAUACUGUGUAAAUGUCGUCGGGACACAAAAUGCGCACAACCUCAUUACUGUUUCCACAGAUGGCAAAAUGUGCUCCUGGAGUCUGGAUAUGCUCUCAACUCCACAGGAGAGCAUGGAGCUGGUGUACAACAAGUCUAAGCCAGUGGCGGUUACUGGAAUGGCUUUCCCAACUGGAGAUGUCAACAACUUUGUUGUCGGAAGUGAAGAGGGCACUGUCUAUACAGCCUGUCGUCACGGAAGUAAAGCGGGCAUUGGUGAAAUCUUUGAAGGCCACCAAGGACCUGUCACGGGAAUCAAUUGCCACAUGGCAGUGGGUCCAGUUGACUUCUCCCAUCUCUUUGUCACAUCUUCAUUUGACUGGACUGUCAAGCUGUGGACCACAAAGGUAUCUAUAGUGAUCACUUUUUGAUGAAGUGAAAUGAAGCAGAGAUGAAGACGUGCUCCAACUGAAUCAAAUGUAGUUUCUGCCAUUGAGUCAUAAGAUCACAGCAAACCAUGAAAGCAGAACUGGGAAGCAGAAAAGAGUCAAGAGAUAUCCUGAUAGGAUGAAUGUGUUGAGCCUAAUAUUUAUUUCGGUAUUAGUUCUUUGAACACGUAAAUUGUUUUCUAAAGGCCACCUGUUCAUUAAGGAUUAUUAACCAAUGUGAAUGCGCAGCAAUACCAGCAUUGCUUAUCAUGUUAUCAUGCUCAAGGAGCAUUAUAUCAUACCACAUGAAGAAAAGUAGGUUGGAAUCUUUUUCGAUUUCUAUCAAAACAUCCCAUUAUUCUGCCAUAAAUAAUCUGAGCUCUGGCUUCAAAAGGAAAGCACUUGCUUCUGAGAGCAGGCUGUACAGGACUGAACAGGAUUUCAGUGUAUCUUUUCCUUCUACUUACACCCAUUAAUUCUGCAGCAGAUACAGAAAUAACUUUAUUUUAAGGACACAUUUGCCCCCCUAUGCUUCUUCAAACAUGUGUGACCCAAACAGAGUGAUUCUAUACAAGGACAUACAUGAGAAUUUUUGAAUAUCAUGAGAAUUUUGUUUGGAGAAUCCCCAUAAAAAACGUUAAAAUUCCAUUCUUUUUCACACAACCUCCCAAUUGUGACAGUUUGUCCUUCUAGUACUCCAAAACAAUGGCCGCAUUUGCACGUAACGUGGAACUGGAGUUGAAGGGGCUACAGGUUGUCCUACUGUUAUGUGUGAAUGCACGGAACUCCAGUUCGGUGUAGCAACCAAGCUGAGCUUCUGUUUUUUAUACUCCAAUCUGUACCCUUGGGUUGUAGUGAGUUUCAUCACUACAACCUGAGGUUAGACCAGGGCUGAUCAACUUCGGCUUACAACAAGAUGUUGGCCUACAAUCCCCAUAAUCCCCGGCUAUUAACUACUGUGGCUGGGGUUUAUGGGAGUUGUAGUCCAAAAACAGCUGGGGGGGCCAAAGUUGAGGAGGCCUGAGUUAGAUGCAACCUACAUUGUGUAUGAGUCCAGAACCACAGGCUGUGUCCCCUUCAACCGGAAUUGAGGGAGGAAGCUUCUCCCUCAAUUCCAGCCAUGACUGGUUGUGCAGGCUGUCCUUCAUGCAGGAAGGAAGCCCACAUAGCCAGUCCCCACUCCUCUCUGCAGUCUCGCUGAAUGCAGAGAGAGCGCUUUCCAUGAUGUCUGAAUUCGGACGAGAGAAUGGGGUGUGGGAUGGGGAGCUGUGGGUCCAGUGGACCUGCGGUUCUGUAUUACAUGUGAAUGUGGCUGUUGUCACAUAUAUCAAGACACCCACAGCAUACACAUUUGAUGUUAGCACUCAGCAGCAUUGACCUCAGCUUGCUACAUGUCAGGAAUGUCUUUUGGUUGACAAGCACAGAAAAUUCACUGAAUGUGAGUAACAUGAAACAUGUAUACAUUUUCCAAAAACACAACAUGGGGACAAGAGAGAGAGAAAAUGAAGAAAAGGCAAAGAUUAUGUGAAAUGGGAAGUCAUGUGGAAAUCAGAAGAGCAAAAAAAAAAUCUGAUCAAGUAAUGAUUGAAUGAAUUACUCCAUCAAGUAAUGAUGCACUGAUUAUAUCACCUCACUCCAAAGCAUAUUGCAGUUCUAAAAUACCAUAUUUUGCCAUAUUUCCUUCCUUUAUCACCAGUUGUCACAUAUUUUCUGCCUCUUCCUUCCCCCCCUUUGAUGUUUAUGUAUAACCCCUUGUUUGUUCAUUGUUUGUGCAAUAUUUUUAUUGCAUGGGUGAGUCCUGAGAAGAGGAAGGCAUGGACUCUUAACUGUGGUUUCCUCCCUUGUGGUAAGAUAUGGUGGGACCAGCAGGAAGUUGUGCCUUUAAUCUUCUCCCUUCUCUUUAUGCAAUUUCCUUUACCUCCCACUUGUACCAUCUUGUUCCUGUUUCAGUCUAGGAGUAAGGGCAUAGUGUUGUUUGGUUCUCUUGUAUCCUUCCUCUUCAUCUGUCUUGUGCACCUCCAAGCUAUUGUAUUUUGUAACAUUCACUGAACAAACCGCUGAAUUUUGAACAAACUUAUUGAAUUUUAGUCGUGAUUAUGGCUCAAGGCUCAUCUCACCAAGCAAUCAAAAGUUGCACAUACUGGUGUGUACCAACAUUCCUUCUCCCCUGCAUGUUUAUCUCCCAUUCCCUACUUCCAACAUUCCCACCUCCCAAAAGGUGGCAGAUUGAUGGAGUUGGUAGACUGCCUGCUGGCCACCUCUACUGGUCCACUGCAUUGCCAAGCAUUUCCUGGCGGCAGGGUGCCAGCUGCCGCCACAUAUCUCUUCUGCUGCCUCUGGCAUGGUCAGAAGCCUGAAAGGCAGGAAGUAGAAGGGAGUCUGGAGGAGGACGUUAGACUGCUGGGCUAAAACAUCUCUGCUUGAAGAGCCAGGGUGGAAAGGGGAACAGUGGCACAGUUGGGGAUCUGAAGGCUGGAGCGGGGCAUGUACCAGGUUUCGAGUGUCUGGACUAGCCCUGCAAAAUGACAUUCUCUGACUACUCCCUUAAUCUGUAGGUGCCAGCUAGUCAGCUUGAAGUACUUCAUAGGAAUUCAGAAGCUGCUUGCACUGAACUAUGAAACAACUUGAGAAAUUUCACUCUCUUGGUUGCAGAUGCAACCAAGGGAGCUAAAUGUUGAUGAGAAGUUAUCAUAUUUGGUAUUGCUUGUUGAUAUCUAUUUACCACUCAUGAUGGAUUCAUUCUAAAAAUGUGGCCCUGCUGAUGAAUUAGAUUUGGACAUGGUUAUGAUGGUAGCCACCUAAUGGUGCAGCGAGGAAGCAACCUGCCUAGAGAGCAGAAGGCUGUUGGUUCGAAUCCCCACAGUUGUGUUUCCCAGAACAUGGGAAACUCCUAUAUUGGGUAGCAGCGAUAUAGGAAAAUGCUGAAAGGCAUCAUCCCAUACCACACAAGAGAUUGCAAUGGUAAAGCCCUCCAGUAUUCUACAAAAAAAAACCCACAGGGCUCUGUGGUCACCAGGAGUCGACAGUGACUUGGCAGCACAACUUUUCCUUUCUUUCUUUCUUUCUUUCUUUCUUUAUUUAUUUAUUUAUUUAUUUAUUUAUUUAUUUAUUGAUGAUGAUAUAAUUUUUAUCCUUGUAAUUUUAUAUAUUUAUUUGCUAGAUGUAUAUGUCACCUUUUGGUCUGGUAGACCACAAGACUGUUUGUUUAUUAUACUAGUUGUGAGUUGCUUUCAGUAUUGUUUUGAAUAAAAGGCCCAGCAUU